CUCGCGGGGCGAAGCCUCUCAAUAUCGUUCAGCGGCGAGCAGCGCUACUACAGUUCAUUCACUCUCUAAUCAGGCAGUGGAUACGCAGGGCUUUGCGGUGCCAAAUUUUAAUGGAAUAAUAUUCAUUUUUGUAAGCGAUGGAUAACAAUUAUGACUACACAACGGCUAUUAUAGAAAAUAUGUCAACAUUUAAAAACAACAUUGUUUACAAUGAUAACGUUACACAAGAUGAAUUUUCAUUAAUAAAACAACCUGUUCAUUUGAUAAUCGUUUAUACUUUAGCGUACGGAUUGGUGUUUACUGUAGGGCUACUGGGUAACGGGUUUGUGUUCGCUGUGAUAUACAAGGAGCCAAGUAUGCGGAAUGUUACGAACUAUUUCAUACUGAACAUGGCUGUUGCUGACAUGAUGGUCGUGCUUCUAUGUGUCCCCAUCACCCUACUCAGUAGCAUCUUUACAGGCUGGCGAUACGGAGCCUUCCUCUGCAAGGUGACACCUUACACACAGGGGGUAGUGCAGUGUGCGUCCGUCAGUACACUAGCUGCUAUCGCACUAGACAGGUACCUGGCAAUAUGUUAUUGCAGACACUCUAAAAUCUCCUCAUGCGCCUCUCGUACUACGAUUGUCUCAAUAUGGGUGUACGCGUCCACGAUCAUGGUGCCCCUUCUUGUCUACUACCAACAGUAUCAUCACCCAGACUUCCCAGAGGUGCCCAUUUGUCACCAAAUCUGGCCAACCUAUGACCUUCAGAGAGGAUAUUUCUUAGUCUGCCUGUUUUUCUUGUGUUAUGUAGUUCCACUCAUCAUGAUUUUACUAUGUUACUUGCUAAUUGGCGUGAAGGUCUGGCGGAGAAACGCACCUGGCGUUCAUACACACGGCCGGCUAAUUAUUUACAAGUCUAAAAUCAAGGUUUUAAAAAUGCUGGCAGUUAUUGUGAUUCUGUUUGCGUGUUCCUGGCUGCCAUUGUAUGCCAUUUUCUUCAGGUACUAUUUUGGACCACCUGAAAUGUCAGAAAGUGAAAACAAUUUUAUUUCAAAAAUAAUGUUGCCAAUCGCUCAGUGGUUAGGGGUGUCGAACUGUGGAAUGAACCCAAUCAUAUACUGUUUCUUCAGCAAAAAAUACAGGAGGGGAUUCAGAAAAAUCAUCUACUGCAGACUAUUCCGUUUUAAACGGCAGAGUCGCACUGCGCAUUCACUUUCCACUCGGUGUAUAAACGUCGACAACUCCAGUAUGAACCUGGUUGACAACCAUCAAGUGAAUCACCACCCAGAAAAUAGGGUUUCCAGCAACAAAUACAUGGUCGUUGCUUUCAAUAACGGAAAAAUGACUGUGUCUUUCAGAAAGGAUAAUGCAUCUGACGAGUCCAGCUUUUAAGCUAUUGAUUUCGGGAGAAUCUGGGUAUACUACUAGUCAUUUGGAACGCUUUUUGCCGUUAUUUUGUCCAAUUAUUAGCCUUUGUAAAUGUUAAAAAAGAACAUCGAGUCGUUUAAAUUCAUCUGUGAGUUAUUUUAAAAACACACACCUCAUAUUCUUGGUGUGGAUUGGGAAGUAUCUCAUCUCAAAUCAAAAUAAAUACAAUGCAGUUCGUAAGUGUAUCCAUAUUAACAGAUUACCAUCUUUACGUUAAUUAAAUACGUAUUUUAUUGUCUUUCAUAUAUUUGUGUAUUUCUCUUGGUGGAAAACCUGUUUUAAUGAAUACUUAAUUAAAUGUAAUAAAGGCUUAG